AUGUCCCAGGUAUUAACAAUUAUCGCGGUUUUAGCUACUGUCAUUAUAUUUUAUUUCCAAUUAAGUAGUAAUGGAGUAUUUGAUCCUGCAACUCCGGUAACUUCGAAUGCUAAUGGUAAAGAUUUAGUAAAUCCAAAGAUUACUCAUAAAGUGUUCUUUGAAAUCACUGAAGAAGGUAAACCAAUUGGUAAGAUUACUAUUGGAUUAUUUGGUGAAAUUGUCCCAAAGACGGUUGAAAAUUUCCGUCAAUUAACCGUUUCUAAAGAUGUUAAAUUUGGUUAUAAGGAUUCUAUUUUCCAUAGAAUCAUUCCAAAAUUCAUGCUUCAAGGUGGUGAUUUCGAAACCGGUAAAGGUUAUGGUGGUAAAUCUAUUUACGGUGGUAAGUUUGAUGAUGAAAACUUUGAUUUAAAACAUGAUAAACCAUUUAGAUUAUCCAUGGCCAAUUCAGGUAGAAAUACCAAUGGAUCUCAGUUCUUCAUUACUACUGUCGUUACUAGUUGGUUAGACGGUAAACAUGUUGUGUUUGGUGAAGUUAUUGAUGGUUUCGAUGUGGUUAAAUAUAUGGAAGGUGUUAAAACCAAACAAGAUCGUCCACUUGCAACUCUUGCUAUUUCUAAUACUGGAGAAAUCCCAGUUAAGCGUGAAGUUGAAGAAUCAGAACCUGUUGAAGAAGAAGUUAUUCUUGAAAAGAAGGAUUAA